AUGGCUUUCACAAUAGCAGACGGCAUCCAGUACUGCGAAACGGGCAUCAACGCAGGGCUCAAGAUUGACGCGUUCGCCCCUCGUCUCAGUUUCUUCUGGGGCAUCUCAAUGAACUUCUAUAUGGAAAUAGCCAAAAUGCGAGCGGCUCGUCGCCUGUGGGCCAACCUACUCAAGGAACGUUUCAAUCCAAAAAAUAAGAAGUCACUCAUGCUACGUACUCACUCCCAAACCAGUGGAUGGUCCCUAACCGAACAGGUAUCAGAGGUUGCUGAUCCUUGGGGUGGAUCAUAUAUGAUGGAAUCAUUAACGGAUGAGAUCUAUAACAAAGCGAGAAAGGUUAUCGAUGAAAUAAUAGAGCUUGGUGGAAUGGCUAAGGCUGUAGCAUCA